GUUCUACCAGCUACCAGCUCAGACAAGAACGUGGAAGAAAAGAAGGCACUCCUGCUGUUUUCUCCACGGAGUUAAGACCAGGCAACAAGGCUUCUCCGACAUGGUGUGGUGGGCUUUGUAAUGGCACAGCUCAGAGCCUGUUAGAGCAGAAGAGAGGUCACAUAAAAAUUGCAAGUGGAAAGUUUAAGAAGCCCUGCUCUACACUCUUCAAGCAGCGAAGAAGAAACAGUUCUCCAUCAGUGGAAGACUGAAGCCAACUAGAAAAGACUCUUGCAUGGUUUAUCUACUCACGGAGCCAAAGUUCAUGUGCUGUUGUCAAAUGCCAGGUUGCUAUCGCAGAAAGAGGAUUAACAAAAUGGGAUGGAAGGAAGUGCCAGUGACUUAUUCCUGAAGGAAGAAACGUUUCAAUGGCAUGAGAGAAAUUACUGGUCGGGAAUCCUUGGGUGAACCUGGAAAGGUCUAUGCAAUGGGAGGCUUCUACCUAACAUGUGCUACUCGGCAGAGUUUGGUCUGUUUCAAGUUUUCUGGAGAGCUAAAAUUCUUACCGUUGCUGUGAAUGUUAAGCAGAGGACUUUGAAAACUUGCCAUUCCUCCAAAGCUACACAAGCGGAGAGACUCAUCUUCCUGUAAUCAAGUCUGGCACGACCAUUCAUCCACCUGGAGACUCAAGUAAAAAUGCUGGGAAGACAUCGAACAGGGGCUGAAUGAAGACGUAAAGCAACAAACACAGAACUGAGUUUAUGCGACUGAGGAAGAUGCUCUCUUGUUGUAUUUCUCCCUGCUGCCUAAAAGUUAAUACUGGUACAUUCAGCUGAUUUGCAGGGAUGUCAACUGUCAACAUAACUCCCUGCAAGGAUUACAGUGCCAAUCAUCAACUGCACCUGGUUGGGUACAGCCUGAUCUUCAUAGGUGGUUUAGUGCUUAAUGUUGCUGCAAUCUGGAUCUUCCUGUGUUACCUGAAGCUCAAAUCAGUCGUGAGCUUCUAUAUGUUGAACUUGGCUGUGAGCGACCUCCUUUUCACAAUAUCCUUGCCUUUCCGUAUUUACUACUAUUACAAGGGGGAAUGGCCCUUUGGAACCGUUCUUUGCCAGAUCUCGGGCUCUGUCUUUCAAAUAAACAUGUAUGGAAGCUGCCUCUUCCUCAUGUGCAUCAACCUGGACCGCUUUGUCGCGAUUGUCUAUCCACUACGCUGGCGCCACCUCCGGCGCCCCAGAGUGGCUCGGCUGCUCUGCCUUGUGGUCUGGGUGCUUAUCCUCAUGGGCUCCGUGCCAGUUGCCGGCGUCCACAAGACAACCAAAUGUGCCAGACAAAACCAGUCAAUCAUUCUGUGUUUUGAAAGCUUCAGUGAUGGCCGGUGGCAGAAAGGGCUCUUCCCCUUGAUCAUUCUAGCAGAGAUCCUUGGCUUUCUCCUGCCUUUAACUGCUGUGAUAUAUUGCUCCACAAGAAUUUUUCAGAAACUGUGCCAGGCUGAUAGCAUACACAGUGUACGCCAGCAGAAGACAAUCCGCAUGCUUGUGGUCAACCUCAUCAUCUUCAUCAUCUGCUUUGUACCCUACAAUGUCAUCCUGGCAGCCUAUGGAUUGAUGAAGGCUCAUGUAAUCCAGGUUGAGCCAGCAAUGCGUGAUUCAGUGCGUCAGGCUCUUGUUGUCACGGUGGUAUUGGCCAGUAUGAACUGCACUUUGGACCCCUUGAUCUACUACUUCAACACAGAGGGCUUUCGGAAUACAUUAAAGAAACUGAGAAGAGGGCAAGCGUGGGACUCUGAAAUUGGAACAGUUCAGAAUCGGGUAGCAGAAGAAAGGUCCUACAAGGCUGCAGCUCGUGUUAAGCCAGGAGCCAAAAAAAAAUUCGUUCAGGACUCGAUCCUCCAUUCUGAGAGCUUGCCAUUUGCUCCCCCAAAGUUAUUUUUGAAUAGUCCCAUCGAAGACUCUGAAAUAUAAGAACAGGUGGGCUGUCAGGCUGGUGGUGAGCUAAAGUCAUGACAGCUUUUGCUUGCUGAAACUCUCUCAAAAUGUGAUGUUCAAAAAUACAAAGCAUCUUAGAACUCAGGGCCCUUCCACACAGCCCUAUAUCCCAGAAUAUGAAGGCCGAAAAUCCCACUAUAUCUGCUUUGAACUGGAUUAGCUGAGUCCAUACUGUCAUCUUCUUAGGUGAUCCAUCAUUGUCCAAGUAGGAUUGUCCUCCAAGAUCAGUGUACUGGUGGUGGGUACAUAGGUGACUGUGGAGCCCUAUUCUUAACCUGCAUGUUCUCCUGCAGUGAGGGCAUCGGUUUCCAGAUGGAAGGCGGUCCCGGUCAGGGUUGGCUUGACAUGCUUCCCUCUUGGCACAUUUCUCUCUUUCACCCUCCAUUCGUGCCUCUUCAAAUUCUACAGCACUGCUGGUCACAGCUGACCUCCAGCUGGAGCGGUCAAGGGCCAGGUCUUUCCAGUUUUCAGUGUCUAUGCCAGAGUUUUUAAGGUUGGCUUUGAGCCCAUCUUUAAAUCUCUUUUCCUGCCCACCAACAUUCCGUUUUCCAUUCUUGAGUUCAAAGUAGAGCAACUGCUUAUAUACUGCCAUAUAUUCCAAUUCAAAGCAGAUAAUGUGGAUUUUCUGACUUGAUAUCCUGGGAUAUAGGGCUAUGUGGAAGGGCCCUAAGACUUCCUCCCAUUUGGGAGAACAGUUUAUGAUGUUAUACAAAUUAUCAUGCUAAUAUGUGAUACCACUGAUGUAACUAUGCAUUACUAAGCCGGAGUGUACCUCCCAUUGUUUACUAUAUGCCAACCACAGAAUUGGCACUCAGCUGAGCUUUAAAAAGCUGAGGAUUUUAAGGGCACUAAUGUUCUACUUGAGUUCAAACUUCUAUCUGCUCAGCCAGAUGCUUGUACUCCUUCUACAUAAAAAUCAAUUUCUUGUUACUCCAGUCAAACAGUUGAUUGCUUAUGAACAGUCUGUUUCUAUCCUUGUUAUCAACUCCUGUCCAGUUGCCUUCCACUUAUGGCAACCCUAUGAAAAAGAUCCUUCCAAUGGUGCAUUUUUACCUACCAGGGAAAUCCAGUGUAAAGGGCUCUGGGGCUGCUCUGAUGCAUCCCAGGAGCGUCCCCAGAGCCCUUUGGUCAUCCACAUCCAGUUCAAAGGUACAUUGGGAGCACCAGCAAACAGAUCUCUCCCAGAGACUUGCUGACAACAUCACAUUUCCUUGUUACACCACAUAUCCUUGUUACCCUGCCUUCCUGCACUAUCACUGGUCUGUAUCUUUUAAACUUUAGAUAAAUUUCAUAAACCCAGUCUUGGGAAAGGAAAAGGAACUAUUAUUCUAAAAUCCAAAAUAAAAGGAAAAAUCAGAGCUUUGGAACAGACAAGGAGAUGAGGAAAAUUCCGAUGUCACUUUGCUAGCAUGACAGUACAGAAGAAAAAGUGACCCAUGUCACCAAGGUAAACUAUAGGACUGUUGCGAGUUUUGAAAAUAUUGAUUGGUUUUACCCAUUAAUAGGAUGAUCACAGGGAAGAGUCAGACCAGCAGUGGGAUUUGCACAGUUUUGUGUGAUAGGGACAAUUCUUUGGUGACAGUUCACCUACAAUGCUAAUUUGCUUGCAUUGUACAAUGAGACCACAGUUCAAAUCUCUCCUUGGCUAUGGAACCCCAUAGAAUGAACUUGGGUGAGUUGUGCUCUCUCAAAGUAUAAGGUGAAAGCAACAGAAAACCUCCAUGAAAUACAUUUUGCUAACUUUAACUUUAAAAUAGGGGUACCAUAAACUGGAGUUAACUUGAAGGUACAUUUUAAGGCUAUAGAAGUGUGUGUUAUCUGGCUAAAUCUAGUAAAAGGCAGAGGGUGGAACUUGUGAGUUUCAUUAAUGCCUCCCACCCUGGACCCAGAUUAACUGGGUUAAAGCACUAAACUACUGAGCUUGUUGACCAAAAGGCAUGAGCUCCCUCUGUCAGAGGGGCAUGAGCUCCCUCUGUCAGCCCCAGCUUCUGCCAACCUAGCAGUUUGAAAACAUGCAAAUAUGAGUAGAUCAAUAGGUACCGCUCCGGCGGGAAGGUAACAGCGCUCCAUGCAGUCAUGCCGGUCACAUGACCUUGGAGGUGUCUACAGACAACGCUAGCUCUUUGGCUUAGAAAUGGAGAUGACCACCAUACCCCAGAGCCAGACUCGACUGGACUUAAUGUCAGGGGAAAACUUUUAACUUUACCUAUCAUUUUAUCAAGAAUAGUCACUCUGCUUCACAUGCCGCUGGCACUAAUCUCUUGAACAAACUGGAACUGAGCUUUUCAUUGAAAAUCUCAGAAACCUGAUCAGAUAUUCCAUUCUGAACAGAAAAGAUUACAUAACAUUAUUGUGACAGCAUUUUAGUAGUGAGUUAUAUUUUAGAGAGAACCCUCGGUGGCGCAGUGGGUUAAACUGCUGAGCUUGUUGACUGAAAGGUUGCAGGUUCAAAUCUGGGGAGUGGUGAGAGCUCCUGCUGUCAGCCCCAACUUCUGCCCACCUAGCAGUUCGAAAAGAUGCAAAUGUGUGUAAACCAAUAGGUACUGCUCCGGCAGGAAGGUUACGGCGCUCCAUGCAGUCAUGCCAGCCACAUGACCUUGGAGGUGUCUAUGGACAAUGCCAGCUCUUCGGCUUAGAAAUGGAGAUGAGCACCAACCCCCAGAGUCAGAAACGACUGGACUUAUGUCGGAGGUAAACCUUUACUUUUACCUAUAUUUUAGAGACCUUGCCAUUUUUGACAUUAUCUAAAUCAGGGCUUCUCAAACUUUUUUGACUUGUGACUUUUUGCCCAAGAAAUGUUGGUAUAUAGGUAUAUUAUAAAAUAGGUAUACAAAUAAAAAAUGUACAAAUAACUCAUAAAGAAAUUAAAUUUAAAACAAUGCUUUGAUAUACCUAUAAUUUUACUAUUUAUUAA